AUGGCAUCAGACAUCCAACAAACACCGUUUAUCAAGCAGCUCGCUGCUAAUGACCGACCAACCCGCGACAAAGCCCUCGAAUCCUUGAAGACCUUUCUCUCCGGCCGGCGCGACCUCCCACCUCUCGAGCUCUUAAAACUAUGGAAAGGCCUCUUCUACUGCCUCUGGAUGUCUGACCGUCCAAUCCCGCAACAAAACCUCUGCACCUCUCUCGCCUCUCUAAUCUCCAUCCUCCCCUCAGAAACAGUAAUUCCUUUCCUGCGCGCAUUCUGGCAGACAAUGCAAAGAGAGUGGUUGAACAUCGAUGUUUUACGGAUGGAGAAGUUCUUACUGCUAGUGAGGCGGUAUGUGGGUGCUAGCUUUGAGCAGCUGAAGAAGGGAGGAUGGAAGGAGGAGGAAGUUGGAGAGAUGAAGGAAUUGUGGGGAGAGGUGCCGUUGAAUGUUGAGGAUCUCAGGGUCCCGAAUGGCAUCCGGUUUCAUGUUUUGGAUCUUUGGGUUGAUGAGUUGGAGAAAGUGGGCAUGCUUGAGGAGGGGAAUGAGGAAGUAUUGGAGAAUUUGCUUGAGCUGGUGAGGAAACUGGCGAAGGACAGCCCUACGAAGGCUGUGAGGAAAAAGGCGAAGGAGGCGUUGUGUGAUGAGAGGCUGCCGGGGAAUGAGCAGGUGGAAGAAGAGGAACUGGAUGAUGGGUGGGGUGGAAUUCAUGAAUAA